AUGAGUGGCGGAGUAUCUCCUUUGUAUAUUGCUUGUCAGAAUAAUAAUAUAGAAAUAGUAAAGGUUCUACUUGACAAUAAUGCAGAUAUUAAUAUGUGUUUGAAUAAUGGAGCUUCUCCUUUGUUUAUUGCUUGUCAGGACAGACAUACGGAGGUAGUUAAGGUUUUGCUAGAAAACAAGGCAAAUGUCAAUAUAUCGCGAAAUAAUGGAGUAUCUCCUUUAUUCCUUGCCUGUCAAAAUAAUAACAUAGAGAUUGUAAAAGUCUUACUUGAACUCAGGGCAGAUAUUAAUAAGUGUGCUGAUGACGGCACAUCUCCUUUGUGUUAUGCAAGUCAGGAAAACCAUAUUGAGGUAGUAAAGGUUUUGCUCGAUAAUCAAGCUGACAUUAAUAAUUGUCGAAUGGAUGGAUCAUCUCCAUUAUUUGUUGCUAGUAUGAACAAUCAUAUAGAGACAGCUAUGAUACUACUGCAAAACAAGGCAGACAUUAAUAAAUGCAAAGAUGAUGACAUAUCGCCCUUUUUUAUUGCUUGUGAGAAGAAUCAUUUAGAGCUAGUAAAGAUUUUAUUGGACAACAAUGCCGAUAUCAAUAAGUGUAUUUAUAAUGGCGAAUCUCCAUUGUUUAGAGCUUGUCUGAACAAUCACUUAGAAAUAGUAAAGAUAUUAUGUGAAAACAAUGCAGACAUUAAUAAGCGAAAAGAUGAUGGAACGUCUCCUUUGUAUAUUGCUUGUCAGAAUAAUAAUGUAGAUGUAGUGAAGGUAUUACUGGAAAACAAGGCAGAUAUUAAUAUGCGUAGAGAUACUGGAGCAUCACCUUUAUUAAUAGCUUACUACCAGAAUCAUAAAGAAGUGGUAAAGUUACUAUUGGAAAACAAGGCCGACAUUAAUACGUGUUUAGACAAUGGGAUCUCUCUUUUGUUUAUGGCUUGUCAAAAUCAGGAUAUAGUGAUGGUUAAGUUUUUAAUUGUCAACCAGGCAGAUAUGAAUAAGUGUACAGAUAAUGGAGCAUCUCCUUUGUCUAUUGCAUGUGAGAUGAAUCGUAUAGAGGUAGUAAAACUUUUACUGGACAACAAUGUAGACAUCAAUAUGUGUAUGAGGGACGGUGCAUCGCCUUUGUUUAUUGCGUGUCAGAAUAAUUAUAUAAAUUUAGUAAAGUUUUUACUAGAUAACAAAGCAGAUAUUAAUAAGUGUUUGGAUAAAGGAGCUUCUCCCUUGUGUAUUGCUUGUCAGAAUAAUCAUGUAGAACUAGCAAAGUUUUUACUGGAAAACAAAUGA